AUCAUACUAAGGAAUAAUAACCUAAGCAGUGCAUACAUGUGCAGGUUCAAGACGGAGCUUGCUUACAAGUGCACAACACUACGCAGCUACGCUAUACUGCUGUAUACACACCCCCCUUUAAACCCACACACACAAACAAAGCCUGUAUGCAAAGCGAGCGAAGGAGGGACCUAUGUUACUGCAUAGCGGCAGAGCUGGCAGUGUUUGGGUCAUUUCUUUACGAAGAGACAGAAGACGAGUGAGUGUGUGCUGUCGUGCAUAGAGAGGCCUAGAUUCAUAUGCAUCCAGCUACGUAGCUAGCGUGCACAGUGCAUUCAGGGUAGAACGAGAGAAAGUAUUUGGGAAGGAAGUGGCAAAUAGCGGUUCAUGUUCAUGGCCAAACUUUCUACAUGGUGUAUACACAGAUGCUCUAUCCAUCCCGUGCAUGGCUAGUGCAGCUAGCUAUACGUCUUCAUUGCACACUAGCUCUAUAGCUAGCUAAACCCUGCCUGCGGUAUGGAGAAGGGUUUGGAUUCAUAGAAAGUAACCUGCUGUUGUUUGUAGCUCAUUCAAGCCUUGUGAAUUUUGUGGAUAUAUCUAAGCUGCCUGCUUCUUUGUGCUGAAAUGGAACUGUGAUUUCUCUUCCUGUCUUAAUUAGAAACUUCCCUCAUACCAACAUGGAGGAGAUCAGCCAAACCAAUAUGGAAUUGGCCUACUCAUUGGUAGACUCAUCCAGAGUCUCAACAUUCCUCAUCUCAAUACUCCUCAUAGUCUAUGGAAGUUUCAGAUCCCUAAACAUGGACCAAGAAGAGAAAGAAAGACUACAGAGGGAAGAGAAGGAUAAUGCAUUAUCAGGGCCACCCCCAGGCAAUGUACCACCAGCGGAAAAUGGCAAUGUUCACAGUAUAGAUGCAACUCAAGCCAUGUUCCUUCCUAUAGGAGCUUCAUUCUCCCUUCUUGUCAUGUUCUUCUUCUUCGAUUCCAUGCAGAUGGUCUUUGCAGUCUGCACAGCAGUACUAGCUACAGUAGCAUUUGCUUUCCUUCUGCUGCCUAUGUGUCAGUAUUUAUUGAGGCCCUGCUCAUCAGGAACAAAAAUUUCAUUUGGGUGCUGUGGGAGAUUUACAUCAGCGGAGAUCAUGUCGUUCUGUCUCUCUGUCAUGCUUGUAUUCCUGUGGGUCAUGACAGGCCACUGGUUACUCAUGGAUGCACUUGCCAUGGGUCUGUGUGUCACCAUGAUAGCUUUUGUUCGGUUGCCGAGCUUAAAGGUCUCAACGCUACUCCUUACCGGGCUACUCAUCUAUGACGUGUUCUGGGUCUUCUUCUCUACGUAUAUAUUUAAUGCUAAUGUCAUGGUGAAGGUCGCAACCCGACCUGCUGACAAUCCUGUUGGGAUGAUGGCCAAGAAAUUCAACCUUGGAGUGGCUCGAGAUGCACCUCAGCUCUCCCUACCAGGCAAACUCAUAUUCCCAAGCAUGCACAACGCAGGUCAUUUCUCGAUGCUUGGUCUUGGUGACAUCGUGAUGCCCGGUCUUCUCCUCUGCUUCGUCAUGCGCUAUGAUAACUACAAGAGGCAGCAGACGGAUACCCUCGCACCUGCCCCCAUCUUACCGCCCAACAGCCUAUCCCAAAAAGUCACUUACUUUCACUGUUCUCUGAUUGGCUACUUUGUUGGACUAUUAACAGCGACGGUAUCAUCAGAGGUGUAUAAGAACGCCCAGCCAGCAUUGCUGUAUCUUGUGCCAUUCACGCUACUCCCUCUGCUCCUCAUGGCUUAUCUUAAGGGUGAUCUGCGUCGCAUGUGGCACGAGCCGUUUAUAAAGAGCACACAGAACAAGUACAUGGAGGUAUGACAGCAGAAACACAAACCGCACGUUGUUUGAACCCGAACGAUUAACUCGGACCGGAAACGACAGAAACUAUGCGCAAAGAGUGUUAAUAUUGUUUGGAAAGCUGUAGCGGGCAUUUUGUAUGGAAGCGGCCAUCUUGGAGGAAAGCUAAUGUUGGACGGGAUAGAGAGAGCAUGGAGAUGGAUGUACUGAUUUACGUCGUUCGCUGGCCAUUGCUUGUCUUGUCUUGGGGCAGGAAUGCAUCUUUGUAUAUUAGGAACAGCAGAGAUCAGACAAUGAUGCCAUAUCUAUAUAGUCUUAGUUUCGCGUUAACAAGAUCCGUUGCUUCGCUUCUCGCUUUGUCUCAGAAAGUCGACUUAGCAAUCGCACUUCAGGGAAUGCCAAAGUCGGUUGUAAAUGUCUGGUUGUAGUUUUAGAGUCUCCUGGCUGAGGAAUGUAGUCAAAAGGCAGGGAAUUAAAUGGUGUACGUCAGCAGGUUUGAAUGCUUCAUAUGAGAAGGACAUUGAAAUCAAGAUGGCCGACAUUCAGAAACAUUGCCUUGGGUACUUGAUGGAACUUGUAGGUGCAAAGACGGGUAAUCUGCGAUACAAGCAAAUCACUUUGACGGCCGUGGUUUGAAUAACUGAAAUAGCAUGAAUGUAAGAGUGAGCAAAAGUUUGUGAUUGAACAGGAUUAAUGAAAGAACAGUGGAUGUUAUAUUUCUUGUUAAGUGUUGGGAAGAGGAUCAAAGUAAACUGAUUUCUCAGCAGUAAUUUACUGGUGAAAAGUAGCCCCCUGCUGAUGGUACCGUUCUCUACCAACAUAGUGGGUUUUUAUGCAUGGAUGACAGAAGCGAGGAUUUCCAGGUGUACAUCAAAACAGCUCCUGCUACCAACUUGAUCAUGUUCUGAAAGAUUGCUUGGAACUCUAUUUGGGUGUCUGUGUAUUCAAGCGUCAAACUAUGUUACAUCAGUAGAGAGUUUAGCCAGGAUACUAACCAUAUUUCAAAUCUAAAACAAGAAGCUCUUGAAACGUAUGUAUGCAAUUAUGUAUUGACAUUAUCGGUGUAGCUAUUGAACGCCCUGUAAUGUAAAUUAAUGACCAUUGUGGCAUCUUAAAGAUACUGUAUGACUGACAAUCAUCUGGCUUCACAUUCAAUAGAACCAUUCUAAUUAAGAUGAUGAACCCGUGGAAGACAGAACCUGAAUCCUAGUGAGUUUCAAUCUAACUAUUCUCAGCUUUGUGUCAUCAUCAUCAAUGACCCCUUUGGCUUUGAUGGAUCGUGUUCAGAAUACUUCUAUUCCUUGUCUCUUGAUACACAGACAAGAGGAACAUGGAUCUAAUGCUAAUGGGUUGAGCUAGCUACAUGUAUGGAUUAUCAAACAAUAGGGCGUUUUAGUCAGUCCAGGGUCAGAAUGGUGUUCAUGAAUAGAUAUAAUACGCUUCUGGCUCUCGACAAGUCAGUGGUAUCUUCUCGUACUAUCUCACUGUUUUCAUAUUAUCAACUCUAUUUGUUUUGUUUAUUUUCUUUAUUAUUUCUUUUGUGUGUAAAAUGUGCCAAUGUGGUUAUUCAAUGUUAACAAGGUAUCAACACGACAUCUGAAAAGGGAUGAGAAUUCAAACCCCAAGCCUAGCUCUUACAUGGUACAGUAAAACACUACAGCAACAUUUUUCAUGUAAAUACAUGUAAAUGGCAGUAUAGGGGGAAAAGAGGCAGGAACACCAAACUCAUCCCUCCCCUCAAGCGGGCCCAUUUUCUGUGUUACAAGAUACAGAAUUGUAAAGCAAUUGUGCUUAUGUCAUUUUAUUUUGCUGCUGAGUGUUUGUUCUCGGCCAGUUUAUCACAUCUUGAGUCAGUAUCUCUCAAUUGUUGCUGAGUGCAGCUGUGUUUUGUUACCAAAAAUAUUCAGCAUUCAGUAUUUUUCUUAUUUGUUUUAAUAUCUAAAAGAAUCUUUAACAACUGUAAAUGUGCAAGGUAUAUAUGCCCUAUAAACCAUAGCAUAUCUAAAGUGAUAGUUGCAACAUGCACACACCUACACACUUGUAAGGUCAGUUCAUGGAGCUCCAAAUGUUCUCCCACAUACAAUCUGUCAAGGAAAGAACUAUUUUGAUGCACCAUGACCGUAUUUGACCUCUGAAUGAGCAUGACAUUGUGUAACUUCAUUGAAUCUGCUCUACAUCAUAUAGCUAUGCUGUAUUUUUCAAUUUUUUAAAUAAUUUUUUAAUUGAUGUUUUUUUUUAUUAUCAAAGAUAUGUUCAAUUUGGUGUUAAGUGGAUGGGGUUAGUUAGGUAAGGACAAUCCUAUAUGCAUUGGGGUAGUUUUAGUUUAUUGUUUGUUUUUUUUUGUUGUUUUUUUUUAUUUUAAUUUUGUUUUUGUUGUGUACACUAAUUUAAAUGCAGAAUAGUUUAGUAUAUUGAAGGAAAAAUGUCCAUGUAUAAUCUGAAAAUCAUGUGGGCUUAACAACAGUAAUAAUAAUAAUCCACUUUUAUAUAGUGCAUAACAUAUUACAUAAUGAGAGCCAAAUUUGAAUUUUUUACGAAGCAAUGAUUACAUUUCAGUGUUGCAAUUUAUACAGGUAAUUCUAUUCUUACUACUGGCACUAUGGUAGGCAAAUUAACUUCAAAAACACAUUAACAGUAUUGAGCUUUGUGUUCAGUCUGCUUUGCUUACCGGUCAUUUCUAACACAAGGGUCAUCAUGGCCAAAACCAAUUAGAGUACGAGACACCCUUUGAUAGGAUUUCUUCUAGUUAACCCCCAAAGAAUGGAACUUAAUAUCAUGUACUUUUUUUUCUUCUUUAAUCAGUGAAACAUAAACCUUGAUGUCAACCUCUCCAUUACCAAAGCUAAAAAUAGUGUUGUUGCCAUGGAAGUUGAAUAAUUAGUAACAUUUUGUUUUUCUUUGGUGUUGCUGGUUUACUUCCCGUGCUCAUGACUCUGAGCCUAAGCAUUAGAAUGAAUGAAACAGUUUUGUUUAUCUUGAAGUAUGAACCUUUGAAGCAAUUCAGCCAGUUAUCCUCUCUACAAAUGCCAUUUUUAUUUUGUUGUUGUUAUUGCUAUUUUGCCUGAAGAAAUUUUUUUUUUCUUCUUAAACUGGCCUGAAACAUGCAUUUUUCUUAUUAAGAAAUAUUAACAGACAAUUCAACCAAUUCAUAGUUCUCUUAAAUCAUGAUCUCAGCAAAUAUCCUGAUUAUAGGGUAUCAAGUAUUAUGAUUUUUUUCAUUCUUUUACAAGUGUGCAUUUUUUUUUAACUGAAAAAGCGCUUUUCUACUACUACAGCUUUUUCAUACCUCGUCUCAUCAUCCUAACAAAACACUACAUCAAAGCCCAGUUGUAGUUUAACAUAAUAAUGUCCUGCUGUCUGUCUAUUUAAUUGAUUGAAUGAAUGUCAUGCUUUGCUAAUCAUGGUGUUAUUGGAGGUAAGCUAUGAAUGUUGCUCUCCAGUCAUUUUCAAGUAGUCUCAUGUUGUAAUUUUUGUACUGUAAAAAUGAUAUUUAAAGAAAACGAUGGUCUAUAAAUAAAUAUGAACUCAAAGCAGUAUUUGAUAGUGGAAAUCAUGUUAUGGAAUGGGUAUAAAUAUUUGUUGAUAUUUUUUCUUAAAUGAUCAAUGUUGACAAAAUGUUGUCAGUGGUUGUGUGCAGUUUAUAUGCCCAAACAUAUAUGCACCCAGUGUAAUAAAAAUGCUGAUCUUGAAAAUGUGUCACAAAGUAAA